ACAGUGAGCAGGGUCCUGGUAAAGAAGCGCUCGAAUAGCAGUCGGCUUGUGCCUCUCAGUGUCGGACCAAAAAAAUGCAACCUCGGGUGUACAAAGAAAUUGACUCAGAAGUCACUAUUUACAAGUUUGUAUGUCAACAAAAAUGGCAAGCCGGCUCCAGAAGGUGCUACUGGUACUCCCAAUCGUCUUUGUUGUCGGGUUUAGAUUUAAACCGGAGCGUGGCUGCUGCACCUCAAUUUUUUUCACCUUUUGCUAUCGAAGUCCGCGAAUAACGUUCGAUGACGCAGUGCCCUUCGAGGACAUUCACGACAGAGCCGAAUAUUGGCAAUGCCAAGCAGAGCAGAAGAAAAAGAAGGGUCGAAAGCGCGACGCGGGAAGUCCACUUUUACGAACCGGACGAAUAUUGUGCUAGCUCAAGUAGAAGUUGAAUUAUUAAGUAAUUAGACAGAUCAUAGCUUUUUGGAGUUGGAAGAAGGAUCAGCUAAGCUGCUCUAACAUAGAUCCCGACGAAUGACUGGUUUGCCUCUCGGCGAAAAGAACUCAAGGCGGAGUCUGAGGCGAAUAGUCCUAGCACAGGCGAUAGGUCUACGAGGAUCGACAGCAUUGGUUUUGGCUCUGCGCUUCCAGAUAUAUUGAAACCCCAUCGGAAGUAAUUCCAUGAAAGUCGCUCACUUACUUGUUCAGGAAUACACUUCCAUAUUAAGUCGCAUAAUUGAGAUCCAUGUUUCUAUUUGGCCAUGGGGCGUUUUGACGCGAUAAGUUCGUACACAAGUAGCGAGUUGACAUCGACAUUGCUUUUUCGUAUCCGAGAUGAUUUCUUCUUAUUUGAUAGUUCUAGAUGCAUAGGUGGGCAGUUGUGCGAUGUAAAAAUAUACUCAGGCUUUGGAAAGCUGCAUGUCAUGGAUGUGAUUUGAAUUCGAACACUAGAGAGUCUGGACAUAGACCUGAUACAGAGCAGCGCCUAUAUACAUCUACCGUCUGUGAAAUGCAUAUGACAAACUGACUUUUUUCAAGCAUCGUCGUUAAUAUCAGCAUGGAUGGGCCUGUAGUUCUUGAAAGCGAUGAAAAGACUAUCUUCGUCUAUCAGCAGAUGGCUGAUCCUCACUCAAAGAUGGUUACCACCGCAAGCACCCAGGGGAAGGCGGUCUUGCUAUGUCAGCAUCGGUUUGAUUCAUCACAAUUGUAAAGAAG